UUUCGGUUUUAUGCGGUGAUACGGGAGGCUGACUGAUGGCUGGAGUGGAUGGGAGCUGUGCGGUAUGGAUGGGACGUUGAAAACUGUUUUGUGAAAUGAACGGUGAAGAUGUGAAAAGCUGAUGGCCUUUGGGAUUGCCCUGGAAGGUUGACGUGGCAGUGACACGUCCUGAACUUUGGGAGGGCGUGCUCUCCACCUCCAGCGGAAAUUCUCGAUAAGCUUCCUGCGCUUCUCUGGCUAGGUUAGAGCUGGGGGGGAGUAGCAUUCCAGGACUGGGCAAAUUUGUUGCCUCCAAGCCUUCACAUAGUGCACUGCAGGAAAGACGGCACUGCGAGUCAUAAGAGUACUCUAGAAGUUGAAAGGCAUUGAGGCCUCAGCAUCUUCAGUUGUUGCACACGGUUGCACCAGCUCGGGCUCCAUUCGUUGCUCUUUUUUCGGGCAUGAGUGCAUAAACCGCUACGCUGGCUGCUCGACGCUCAUUUUUAAGAACCGCUUAGAACUGCUUAGAACCGCUUAGAACCGCGUAGCUCUCCCAGUGAAAAUUGGCCGGCAUGGCCUCUCCCGCGCCACCAUUCCCACAAGCGCCGGCAGCCACGUCAGCAGCGAUGACGGCGCCGUCAGGUCUCGCUGCUUCUGCUGGCGGGCCGGUAGACCACUACCCGCAGCCGUUAGCGACGCACGAGGCGAUUCUGGGAGAUCGCGUGCUGUUCCUUGACUUGCUGGCGCGGUUUCACAACCAGAUGGGCGGAUCGCUGAGGAUUCCUCAGAUGGGAGGGAGGGAGUUGGAUCUGCACCUGCUGUACCGUGAAGUGACUGGCAGAGGAGGGCUCAUGCAGGUGAUAGCGGACCGCAAGUGGCGGGACGUGACGAUCCCCUUUGACUUCCCGCCCACCACGACCAGCGCAUCCUACGUGCUUCGCAAGUUCUACAUAAAUCUGCUGCACCACUUCGAGCAAACCUACUUCUUCAGGAGUCAGGGCCCUCUCGUCCCUCCCCCCCCGCUCACCCACUUCCCUCGUAAGCGCGGGGCAAGGAGAGCGCAAGGCGUUGAAGCCCCCCCACCGCCCCAGCUGGCCAACAUAGGGCGCAACAUCUCGGGCAUCAUUCGCUCCAAGUGCGACAACGGCUACUUCAUCACCGUGCCCAUGGGCGACCAGGUGCUUCACGGGAUUCUCUACCACCCCCCCUCCUCCUCCUCCCCGUUCGCCGCGCCCCAGCCCGUCAGCUUCAUGCUGAACCCCUUCGGGCUGGACUCGGCCCUCAUACGAUCCCAAAUGAUGGGCCGACGCAGGAGGCGGAAGAGGAGAAGACGGGCUGAGCUGCUAGCAGCAGCCGCGGGGGGCAUGCCCGGGGUGGUGAUUCCCCCUAAGCAGAACCGCACGGGGUAUAACUUCUUUUUCGGGGAGCAGAGGAUGAAGCUGAAAGCUGAGAUGCCCGACGUGCCGGACCGGGAGAUCAGUCGGCUGAUUGGGCAGCGAUGGAUGGCCCUCUCCCCUCAAGACAGGAUUCCCUACCAGGAGCAGGCGGAGAGGGAUAGAGAGCGGUAUGUGGCAGAGAUGCGGGAUUACAAUGAGAGACGCGCACAAGCAGGGGGGGGCUAUAUGGGGGAUAUAGACAGGGUUAUGGGGGGAGGGGGUUUCAGGCGCGGGGGAAUGGGCGGAGGUGGGGGGAGGGGGAGGGGAGUAGGGGGGGCAGGGUUAGGAGGAGAGAUCGAUGAGGAGGAUGAGGAGGAGGAGGGAGUGGAGGGUGAAGGGGAGGAGUAUGAGGAGGAGGGGUAUGAGGAGGAGGAGGAGGAGGGGGAAGGAGAGGAGGGGUAUGAGUAUGAAGAGGAGGAAGAGGAGGAGGAGGGAGAGGGGGAAGGGGAGGAAGAUGAGGUGAUGGAGUUUGAUGGGUUGACGGGACAUGUGGGUUUGCAAGUGGGAGCAGGUGUUGAUGAUACACAAGUGGGACUGCAGAGCUCUGCACUAGCAUCUCCUCCUAACAGCAUCGCUUUGCGUGACAGCAUUUCUGUGCCUAACAGCACCUCAAAGCCGGUUGGUCCUUCGCAACCUGUACAAUCAGCCAAGCUCCCUGUUGCAACUAGUGCUCCUCCUGCUGCUCCUGCCGCUGCUGUUCCUUCUGCUCCUGCCGCUGCUUCUCUUGCUCCUGCUCCUGCUGCUCCUUCUACUGCCGCUGCUCCUGCUCCUGCCCCUGCCCCUGCUCCUGCUCCUGCUCCUGCUCCUGCUCCUGCUCCUGCUCCUGCUCCUGCUCCUGCUGCUACUGCUGCUCCUGCUGCUACUUCUGCUGCUCCUGCGCCUAUUCUUGCUCCUGAUCUUGUGCCUGCUCCUCCUGCUACUGCUGCUCCUCCUGCUACCGCUCCUGCUCCUGCUCCUUCUGCCACUCUUCCUGCAGCAUCUUCCGCCUUUACUCCCGCUGGCGCUUCUGCUCCCUCAGCUGCUGCUGUGUCAUCUGGAAAAGCGGAGGUCAGCAAGGGAGGGGCUGGAGAAAGAGAAACUAAUGAGGGUGGAGUGAAGCAGGAGGACCGACCUGAGGAUAGGGCAACGGUGGUUGAAGGGGGGGAUACUCGGAUGGAGGAGGCGAGUCCAAUGAAAGAAGCAGCAGCGCCAGGAGAAGGAGCAGGAAACGAAGCAGCAGAGGAGGCAGCAGCAGGAGGGGAAGGAGCAGCAGCUGGAGCAGUAGAAGGGGCAGCAGCAACAGCAGCAGUAGGCGAAGCAACAGCAGCAGUAGGCGAAGCAACAGCAGCAGUAGGCAAAGCAACAGCAGCAGUAGGCGAAGCAACAGCAGCAGUAGGCGAAGCAACAGCAGCAGUAGCAGGAGUGGCUGCAACUGGAGAGGCUACAACUGGAGCGGCUGCAACUGGAGAGGCUGCAACUGGAGCAGCUGCAACUGGAGAAGCUGCUGGCAAAGGUGUUUCUGCCACAUCUGCUGCUGUCACUGCUGCUGCUACUGGUGGUGAUGCUGCUGCUGGUGAUGAUGAUGCUGGUGGUGGUGCUGCUGCUGCUGCUGCUGUUGCUGGUGGUGGUGUUGUUGGUGUUAUUUUGUCGGGUGAUGGUGCUGCUACUAGUGAAGGAGGCAUGGAUGUGGAUGCAGCUGGUGAUGUUGGGGCUGGUGGUGCUGCCACCACUGGUGAUGCUGCUGCUGGUGGUGGUGAUGGUGCUGCUGCUGGUGGUGAUGGUACUGUGCUCACUACAGAUGCAGGCGGCAUGGAUGUGGAUGCACCUACUGCUGGUGCGGAAUCUGGUUCUAGAGCAGAUGAGCUUGCACCAGUUGCACCUGUUCUGGAUGCAUCUGCUGCAAGCCUGCCUGAACCUCACCCACCUCAAGCAGAGGCACCUGAAGAUCACCCACCUGAAGCAGAGGUGCCCGAAGCUCACCCACCUGAAGCAGAGACGCCCGAAGCUCACCCACCUGAAGCAGGGGCACCUGAAACACUCUAACCUGGCCACACCAACCUGAAACCUGCCCACCUGAACUCUCUGCUGUGCAUGCACCUGUUACCAGCAACCUGGAUGUUACAGAGGACAUAGAUGAGGGGGAGGGCUAAUGAAGAAACUCGAGGGAAGUGAGGUCUCUUGAUGGUAAGAGGAGGAAACAAGCUUUUGUUACGUAUCAAUGUUCCUGUUUUUACUAUGCUAAUGCUAGGAGCUUGUACUACAUAGCUUUUGUUUUUGUAUGGAUGUAAUAGAAGGGAAAGUUGUGC